CACAUCACUCUGUGACCGCUGCAACCUCGGGUUCCCUAAGGAUGGGCCUGGGGUGUCCUCCCCCUCCGGCUCAAAGGGCAAGUGGGGAUAGUUAACAGCCGGCUGCAACCCUAAAGUGACCAUCUGAGGUAUAGACAAGCUACAAGGAGCUUUUCAGUGUCAGGGGCACAAAGAGGUUAAAAGGCUGAGUGCAGAUGGGAUGAUACAAGCCCCAAGAACAGACUCAGGCAAGAAUUGAGCAGAGCCAGGGAAGAGCCAGGGCAGAGCAAACCCAUGGCUGCCUUCACGGGAGGGGAGGUCUACAAGGCAGAGUUCGAGCCCACGGCGUACCUGGAAUACUUCAAGUUUGGAGGAGGCACCUUGGGGGAUGAGUUCCUCACAUUUGUCCUGAAACACUACUGCAAAACCUUCACUUCUGGUGAUGUGAAGGGUGACAUCCUGAUAGAUAUUGGCAGCGGCCCCACCAUUUACCAGCUCCUUUCUGCCUGCGAGAAGUUUAACGAGAUCAUCGUUUCGGACUAUGCGGACCGGAACCGCCAGGAGCUGGAGAAGUGGCUGAAGAAGGAGCCGGGAGCGUUUGACUGGACCCCGGCGGUGAAAUACGUGUGCGAGCUGGAGGGACAGAGGACACCCACAGCCUUUGAAGAUCCCUUUAAAAGCAACUCCGAUGGAAGGGGACAUGGCUUCCCAAGUCAACUGGAGCCAGAGAACAUGCUACGCUAAUGCCCUUUCCAGCCAUCAAAUUAAAUUGGCAUUUCAAAGUACAGGUAGACGUGUCUGUGCUCCAGGACUCGGAUGCAUCAUCGAGCCUGGUUUUGAGCGCUCACUUUUUAUCUCUCUCCUAAAGAAACUCAGUCAGUGACUCCAAAUGUGAGCACUGGGGGGAUGUGGGGGGGGCAUGGUCCCAGGCUGCCAGCUGGGACUUUCCCUCUUUCAGUCAGUGAGAUUUUGCACAACUGAACACAAGUGGCUUACCCCGUGGCACUCCAGUUUACUGACGCAGAAAUGGUGAUUAUACUCAAUGCUUAUAUAGGGAUUACUCCGUUCUCACAUUCCCACUGCAAGAGUAGUUAAUAUUAGCCCUGACUUUGCAAGCAGGGAAGCAGGCAUGGAGGGAUUAAGUCCAACAGCUGUGACAGCUGCCCUUGGUUUGCUGGGCUUCAUCCCUGUGAGCUCCCUUGGACACCAUCUGCUUCCAGUUGAGCCAUCCAGCACCUCGCAAAGCCACAGGGGCAGCCAGAACCACGUGGGCAUGCGUGUGCCCUGGCACCUCAGUCCUAGCUUCAAGGCAGGGUAAUGGGCACCAUGGCCUGAAAUCCAAGGUGGACACAGGCUUGGCGCACCUAAGCCCUACGGCGGUACUUGCACCACCCGACUCAGUGGGUCAGAUGGACCAACAAAGACGCCACUGACCCAGGGAUCUGGUACCCAAGCUAUGCCUGACUUUUUCCCUCAUGAGAGAUGCUCUAAUUGGAGAGUUUGCACAUCCAGAUUAGCUGACAAUUGUCUGGAGACCAUGGUGCACAGAAGAAUGUGCCUUGAGAAUAGUUGGUCUAAUAAAAGACAUCCCAUUUACCCAAAGAACCUUGUCUGCCUACGUCCUUAGACCGACACGGCUACAACCAGCACCCCUGAGAACAGGAGAAGUCUCUAUCCAAGGGAAAACCUCCCUAAAAUGUAUAAAGAAAUCCAUGAAAUGUAUAAAAAAAAUCUAUGAAAUCCCCUGCUGUUCAACCGAGCCAGCAGGAGACCGUCUGCACCACGCUUACAUUUCCAGCCUGAAUAAGAGAAAUAUCCUUGCUGCGAGAUGCAACACAGAACAAAGCAAGGCCCAAACACUGCACACCGUUUAUGUCUCUGGCAAGUCUAAUUGCUGCUGCGGUGCUGUGAUAACAGGCUCUCGUGUGUACAUAUUCUGGGCAUUUUUCUGCUCAUGCAACCACGAGUCCCUGGGCUGGAGUCUGUCCCCACUCGCGGGUCAGUAAGUCCAGAGGGAUGUGGCUGCUACCAGAAACAAAGCAGUGCGACUUCAGACAGGGCUUGGGUAGCAGGGAGAAGGUGCUGGUAAGGCCUGUUUGGAGGCCAAGACCCUCAGAGAUAAGAAAAAUAAAGCAAGGGCUGGAGGUAAGCCAAAGAAAAGAGAACUUAGGAGGAAUAAAGCAGACUUGUUCCUAAACCAAGUGCUUUAAGGGGCUACCCCCCUUCAGCUCCUUCUUUGGGGCAUUCAUAAAUCUAAACAUCAUAGAAGGGGAGAAAGGGCAGUCAGGGGUCCAAUAUCCCACCUAUUCUUCCUUGCCCUGACUGGUUUUUCUGCAACUAAAUGCUGAAUGCGAGUAACAGGGGUGUAGGAUGUAGCCGCAUUCGUCUAAGGACAGAGGCAGACAAGGUUCUUUGGGUGAAUCUGAUAACUUUUAUUUAGACCAACUUAUCUUUUAUUAGACCAACUUAAAUAAUAUAUUUAUCAGAUUCACCCAAAGAAUGUGAUUAACAGCUGUUAAAGCCAGGGCCUGUCCGCCAGAGAGCCGCUCUUCCUACAUCAGCAACGUGCACUUGGACCAAAGAAGCAAAGCUCCAAGACUUCCUUUCAAGAUGAGCACGCACGCAUUCACGCACACUCUGAGAUGGAAACAACCCAAUUUACUCUCUGACAGGCAGAGAGAUAGCACACUCAGCUAAUUACACGGUGAUGGUAAUCAUUACUAUCAACCCAGUGUUGAAGGCAGAUGAAAACUGCUGGUGUCGUUUUUUCUUCGUGGAGCUAUGAUGCUCAGAAAUGUCAAGUCAAACUUUCAUUUUGAAAUACAAUUCCCCAGUUCUUUAAUCUAACGAUAAGCAUUUCUUAUUGCCAGCACUCGGCACUGAACAAAAUACAUUUCUUUUGUAAAAGCUUCUCUUGCUUCUACCUUCUUUUCUCUCUGCAGAGUGAAACCAGACCAUCAGUCUGACAAGCCUCUAUCAAAGGGAUAGUUUUGAAUGCUUAAAUAUUAGGAGGAAAUAGAAGUUGUAUACAACAUAGCCCUUUUUUCCCCAGGAAGGACACAUAACCUUUUUUUUUACCCUGUGCAACAUCUUAUACUGCAGCCAUAACGAUGGCAUUUAGGUGCUUUAAGGUUGACAUAAAGUAGUUUUUGUUUUCAGAAGUGACUCAAUUUGAGGUGUCUCCAUUCUGAAAGUGCCUUGUUAAAGACACAAGGACUGAGAACUCAUGGUAGAGGUGAUAUCUUUUAUUAGACCAGCUCGAUUUUUGCAAAAAACAUUAAAAAUCUCUAUUUGCAAGCUUUCAGGCACAAGCACCCUUCUUCAGGCAUAGGAGAAAAGACUGUAAAAGUUCUCCUGGGUAGAAAUGAAAGUUCAUAUUCAUAGGAAAGUUGAAGGUGUGAUAAAAUCUCCUGUUUGGAACAAUUCAUCUAAAAGACAUGUUAAAGACAUGUGAUGGCUCUGAUUUCCAAUGGGCAGGUGACGCCAUAGUUUCUACACUGUUAAACUCCUUUAAAUGUUUUUGAGGUUGAGCAGCUGGAAGCCAUGCCCCCAAAAUUAUUGGCCAGUUUAAAAAACAUAGAGCUAAUGUACUGAGAUGCAUAUAGCUGCCAGCUAUAAGAGGCAUUUUUCCCUUCCCCUGCCUCACCACGAGAACACUGCACAUAUGCAUUUCCUUAACUGAAUCCUACUGUGCUCUUAGUAUGGAAGAUAAGGGUCAAGCAAGUGCAUUCUGCAUAUUGCACGUAUGCAUUUCCUUGAAUGAGUCCUACUGUGUUCUUAGUAUGGAAGAUAAAGGUCAGGGAAGUGCAUUUUGCAUUUGGACCAGAAGCAAAUAAGCAAUGUGAGGUCUUUGUUCUGGCAGAAACAAGCUGUAAAAACUCUUCCCUGACUAGCUGUGGGUCUGUGCAGCCCAAACUCACAAAAUGCUGUCAGCAAAAUGUUACAUGAUUUAUGUUAGAUGACCUCAUGAUGGUGUAUGUGACCUGCACUGCAUCAAAUGGCACCUUCCCAAUAAUCCUAAUGCAGUGCCCUAAAGAAAGGUACCCAAGCAAUACAGCCCCAUUAGCACAGCAUGCCGCCUGGACUCCUAUAUCCUGCUGCUUGUGUGGCCCAGCUUCCCAACAGGGUAAAUGAGCGUGGGCACUGCAUCACACUAACCUGGUCCUACUACUUCCAGCACCCAGGGUAACUCAUGGGGCAUCUCAACACGGCUUUAUGUUGCACUGUAUAGACAUUCCCUUGAAGAAAAAUCAUCACCUCGAGAGGAACAGGCAGCUUGGAAAUGCGUGGGGUUAAACACAACAGUGACAUCUCUUCUCAACUCCCCCUGAUAGUUAAUUGUUUGACAUCAAACGUGGGCAGUAAUUACUGCCUGAAUGUGCAAGGGGUUUUGCAUGGGAUGGACAUAACCACUCAGAGGGGAAUAAAAGGGAAGAACUAAAUAUGUGUUUUGUCUGCUUACAGAUAAGACUUUAUUCACUCAUGACACUGGCACCCCCUAACCUCAAGCAAAAGGUCUAAUAAAAUUAUUCCCUUAAAGGUUUGUAGUAUUUUUCAUUGCUUGGCCGUGGUGAAUCCAGCCUCACGGACCCAACAUCACCACAGAGGGGUGAACCGAGGCCCAGAGACAUGAACAUCACACAGCACCUGCUAGGCCCCAGCUCUAGUCCUUGGGAAAUAAUCUUAGAUCCAUUUACAGUGGCCUGCACACAGUUAAUUUGACAUGUAGCCCUUAUUAGCCCAGAUCUCCUUCAGAAAAGAUUGGAGUUUAUGCCAAUGCCAUAGUGAGAAUACAUAAGCAGAAGGACAUUUCAGAAGGUCAGCGUAAUUGGGAUGAACAGUGGAGGCUGGGGAGAUGCUGUUGGGAUGGUUAUCAUGUUUCUCAUCCCUGAUGUGUCAUCAGGUGGAGCAAUAAUAUCUGUGCAAACUUCCAAAGCCUCAGAUGCAAUCAGGCCUCUAAAUCAUUAAGUCAAACCUUAAUGACAUUUCUGUGGCUUGAUAAAAACAGCGCUGGAAAGUACAGAUGCUGCAAUACACUUCAUCAAAGAAAUUAAAAGCAUCCCAGGGACCCUGGUAGAAGAUGUAUGCCCCACACGUGAUAUUUUGCACCCAGGAGAAGUAUCAUCUUUUGAGCAGACCUCCCUAGAAAACUGGUCUCUUCGCAUCAUGCUCCGUGACCUCUGUGCAAACAAGCGCGGUUUCAUCGGUGGCUUGGGACGUUUAUGGCAUAUGAAUUUGCUUUGAUCUAAUCCUGUACGUGCUAUAUUCUUUGUUGCCAGUUUAUAAAGAAGACUGUUUAAUUUC